AUGAAGCCAACAAAGCUGAAGGAGCACCUCACGUCUGUCCAUCCUGAAAAUGCAUCGGACAGUGUUGAUCUAUUUCGUGCAAAGAAGGCUCGAUUUGAGAAAGCUGGAACUUUACCAAAACUUGGAUUUGCCCCAACACAAAAGCCUUGUCUUGAAGCAUCCUACAAGGUUGGUUAUCGCAUUGCCAAGGAAAAAAACCCACAUACGAUUGGAGAGACCUUGGUAAAGCCAUGUGCCCUGGAAAUGGUCGAGCUGGUUUGUGGUUUGGAGCAGAGAAAGAAAAUUGCAGCAGAGCCUUUGUCAAAUGACGUCAUCCACUCUAGAAUUGUUGACAUUUCUUCUAACAUUCUGAAGCAAGUAACGAAAGAAUUGGCAGCUACGCCAUUUCCGUUCAGCAUGCAACUGGAUGAAACUACUGACGUCUCUCAGUGCAGCCCGCUCCUGGCUUUCGUCCGUUAUAUGCUUGCUGAUGCCAUCAAAGAAGAAUUCCUAUUUUGUGAGCCCCUUUUGGAAACUACAAAGGCCAGCGACAUCUUAGAAAUGGUGAAUAGUUUAUUUGCCAAGCAAAACUUCGAUUGGAAGAAAAAUCUUGGUACUCUGUGCACAGACGGAGCAUCUCCGAUGCUUGGCAACACAUCUGGUUUUGCUGCUUUGGUGAAGAAAGAAGCUUCUCAGGUCAUCAUGACCCAUUGUUUUGUACAUCGGCAUGCAUUGGCAUCAAAGAAUCUGGCAGCAAUUCUGAAAGAAGUCUUGUCUACUGGCGUGAAAGUCGUCAACUUCAUCAGAGCCAGGGCUGUGAACCAUUGCGUUUUCAAGAGGUUUUGUCAAGAAAUGGGAGCAGAAUAUGAAGUUCUUCUCUACCACACAGAAGUUCGCUGGCUUUCAAGACGACAAAUCUUGAAGCGCUUGACUGAACUUCGAGCAGAAGUUUCACUUUUAUUGAGAGAAAAAGAAAGCCCACUCUCAGAACAGUUUAGCAGUGAGGUGUUCAUUCAUGGCUUGGCCUACUUGGCGGAUAUUUUUGGCCAUAUGAAUGAGGUUAAUCUUGCGAUUCAAGGCCCUGGAGUCAUCAUUAUGGAUGCUGCUGAAAGACUGCAAGCUUUUCUGGCCAAGCUGCCACUGUGGAAGAGGAGUUUGGAGGCAGACAACUAUGCAAACUUUCCAAUGUUAGAGGAAGUGCUUCUGGAGGAUAGAAUCGAGAGUGACGAGGCCCUGUCAAUUUCUCUGCAGGCAGAAUUCUGCAGACGUCUGGAUAUUCUGCAGAACUCUUUCGAAGGUUACUUCUGCUCAGGUGACCUUAAAGUUGAAGCAUGGAUUCGUAAUCCUUUCCUUGCCGACAUAGACUGUAUCAGUGAUAAACAUAAGAACAUAAGAAAAUAA